GCAAAAUCCAAACCGUUGGUGGUCUAAAUCCGCCGCAACUGAGCACCUCCCUCUCCCUCCAUCGACCCUCCUCCCCAUCAUACACGUCGGGCCCCAACCCCACCCCCUCGAUUCAACCAUGGAGUUCAUGUCCAACGUCUCCUCAGGCCUCGACGAGUCAAAACCCUCCCUCUUCGAGCUAAUUUCCGAAACCCAACUCCGCGACCUCCUAGAGCCAUCAAUCCGCUACGUGUUGGCCAUAGCCACGCAGCGACACCCGCGCUACCUAAUCCACAUCUUCAACAAUUUCGAUGAGGCGUACGCUCUACUCAUGCUCUUGAUUGAGCGGCACUACAUACGGCGAUGGGGCGGGAGCUUCACGGAGAACUUCUACGGAAUCAAGAGGGAGAGGGUGAUUGCGAAAGAGUUGCCGAGGGCCUCAAAGGCAGCACCCGAUAUACUUGCCUCGAGCACAAAACUGAGGAGAUUGGAUGUUUGGAAGAGUUUGUUUAUUAUUGUUGGUGUUCCGUAUUUGAAGAGAAAACUAGAUGAUGCGUAUGAGAUUCACGCAGGAGGUGCUGCUGCGAACCUGUUCGGCGCGGGAUAUCGCGGAAGGGGUGAGCCGGAAGUGAAUGCUUCGCCCAGAGAAAAGAUAAUCUACCAAUUGAAACGGCUACUGCGAAAGAUCUACCCAGCCAUCAACGCAGCAUACUACUUCUCAACAUUAGCCUUCAAUUUAGCUUACCUCUUUGAUAAAUCACAAUACCAUACGCCGUUCCACUGGCUAGUCAAGAUCCGCAUGAGACGACUGACAGAAGCCGAUCACCGAGCAUUCGAAGCCGCCUCCCGCUCCCUCCCACGAUCCGGCUCCACACCACUAACCCCCACAUCCCUACUCUCCGUAACAGCCCUGACCCGCCUCAUCCUCCCGCCGAUCCUCGACUCGUUAAAGAUCCUCCUCCCAACUUCCAUAUUCUUCCUCAAGUUCCUAGAGUGGUGGCACGCAUCCGACUUUGCUAGGCAACUCUCCGCCAAGACCGCCGCAUCGAUAGAACUCCCACCACCGGCCAUCGUGCCCCCACCCUCCAAGGGUGAGGGGGAGGACGACUACUACCCGCGCAAUAGCAGCAGGAGUAGUGCAGGGUUGGAGAGGCAGGGGAGGAAGUUGAUCCCCUCCCCGGAGGAUAGCGGAGUGUGUCCGAUUUGCUUGGAGGAGUUGACGAAUCCGACAGCUCUACAGACGGGCUACGUGUUCUGCUACCCGUGUAUUUUCCGCUGGGUGCAGGACGGGCAGGAGGAUCCGGCGAAGGGGUACUGUCCAAUUACGGGGGUUAAGUUGCUAGGUGGGACGGAGGGGUUGAGGAGGAUAAUGGUGUAGAGUCGAAGGGAGGCAUCGUAGGGUUGCAUUCAAGCAUAACAUAACAUAUAGCCCAGGAAUGGGCCGUUCGGUGGUAUGGCAAUAACUUUAAUCUGGGAUAUCUUUGGGGGGGGCUGGGAAUAUACCUGCUGGUUGGAGCUGAAA